CCAUGAAAUUUAGGCCCGUCCAUGUUACCAUCAAUGGCGAUUGGCGAAUAGCGAUUCAGUAUUAAUAACGUCGGUCCAAAAUCGGCCAGGUUAUUACAGCAGACCGUUCUAUCAAUUUAUGGGCCUGACUGGAUGGACUAGCCAAUAGCAUUUUUCUCAAAGAGACCGCCAAAUUCCAAUGUUCUCUUCCAAAACAGGCCCGUGUUUGCUUCGUCGGAUCUGGGUAUUUGACAGCCGUUCAGAUUCAGUUGACUGCUCCGCCAAAACGUGGACGGAUAGGAUUAUCUUGUGAUCCAAACAAUCGUAGCAAAUAGCCGUGCGCCACGUACUAGUAUACAAGUAAGCUCGGCCGCGUUUAAUCGGAAGACGGCUCUUCUGAAAUGUGACUUUCCUCUUCUUUUCCUUCUUCCUUAGCUGCUACGUCGCGAAAAUUGAUUCCUCCCCGCUUCCGAUUUUCUUCCGCCGUUCUUCCCGAUCUCCAGUUCCUAAUUCCUAUUGCUGCGAACUCACAGUAAUCGCACAAAGCACACUUCCCACCUGGCGCCUGAAAUCCGCCGGAGCCUCGGUGAUUUUGCCGGAUAAGAGAUAGACGAACAGUCGCAAGGGGAAGGAUGAAGAUCGACCUCAAUAAAAUAGCUCGCAAAGUCGAGGUGGACAGCAGGAUUCCUCUCCGGUACUAUUACAGGAUCGCCGAUAACCUCCUCCGACAGGCGACCGUGUACCGAGAUGAACGUAAUGUGGUGGAUUUGUACAUCAUGCUUCUCAGAUUCUCGAGUUUGGUCUCCGAGACUAUUCCGUUCCAUCGAGAGUACCAUAGUUACCUUCUGAAGGAGAAGGCUAGCUAUAGGAAGAGGUUGCUUUCUGUGUUGGAGGAACUUGAAUCCUUGAAACCUGAAUUCAAUCGUCGAGUUGAGGAACUGAAUAGAGGUUACUCGAGUGUUCAAAUACGAGAACUCGAUGGCGUGGAAGAAAAUUCUUAUGGUUCUCAGUCAUCUUCACCACAGUGGCCCUCAGUGAAUAGAAGAAGUGCAUCCUCUGGAAGGAAUGUUGCACAGCCUACCAGCAUGGUUCCUCAAUCUUCAUGGAAGAAUAAUGAUGCUCAAGCCCUUUACUCAAGUCCCUCGCCACUUGAAAAUCAAUUGCAUAAUUUAUCUAUUGGUCGUCCUGUUCCCAAUCAGGAAACUUUGUCUAGGCACUCACUCUUGGGACCAAACGGCCUUCGUGCUGAAUGGCGCCCACCUACUGCGGCAAUAAAGGUGCAGUAUCCUAGCCACGCUGACUUAGCCUCUUCAGAGGAUACAUGCUUAAAUCAGGCUGGAGAAUAUGGCAGUGUGCCAGUUAAGAAGAAUGAUUCUGGUGCUGUUAUGGAUUCCGUUCUUUCCUUGGAUGAUGGUAGAUGGAUACACCCUGCUGAGGAACCAGGAAACACAUUAGUUCACGAGGCAAAGGAAGAUCCUUUUCAGUUUGUUGGUAUUAGGCAACCGUCCCCUCCUCCGGUUCUUGCUCGAGUGCAACAUGAAUAUGCUCAAAUUGCACCAUCUAAAGUUGCCGACCCACGACCCGGUCCAGCACCUUCUCAGGAUGGCAUGUCCGGCCCUAAUUCGUACCAAGAUGUGCAUGUUCCUAUGAAUAUGAUGCAAGAUUUCUUAAGAUUGGCCCGGGCAAAUACAGAUAAGAAUCUAGAGACGUGUGGUGUUCUGGCAGGAGCGCUGAAAAACAGGGUGUUCCACAUCAGCAUGCUUAUCAUCCCAAAGCAAGAGUCAACUUCAGAUUCGUGUCAGACAUUAAAUGAAGAAGAAAUAUUUGACGUUCAAGACAAACUCUCGUUGUUUCCCCUUGGAUGGAUCCAUACACAUCCAACGCAAACCUGUUUUAUGUCAUCCGUCGAUCUGCACACACAUUACUCUUACCAGAUAAUGUUACCCGAAGCAAUCGCCAUAGUCAUGGCUCCAACCGACGAAUCGAGCCCACACGGAAUAUUUCAUCUAUCAGACCCAGGAGGAGUAUCUGUGAUCCGCAACUGCCAGCAGAGGGGUUUCCACCCCCAUGAGGAGCCCUUGGAUGGAAACCCCAUCUACGAGCAUUGCUCCCACGUCUACCUCAACUCUAAGAUGAAGUUCGAGAUCUUGGAUCUUCGAUAAUGCAAAACUACACUUGCUGUCGAUGCUGUUGGUCAUGGUACAUAUAACAUUUUAUCUCAAUCAGCUCUGUAAAUACAAUUGCAUUUUUUUCUUCUUUCUUUCUCGGAGACAUUCACUUCCAUAGCUCCGUGUAUAUAGGCUAGUGUACUCUUCUUCGCCGAGACGUACUGAACACAAGCCCCGCAUUUGAAUGCGUGGGGCGGUUUUCAUGAUCAUGGGUUGAGGGGUAUGCAACAAGUCGGUUCUCGCUGAACCGAGUUGAUGCUUGAGUUGAAUCGAGCCGGAUUGGAUAUGAUUAAACUGCGUUUCGUUUGUUUGUUUCGAUCAGACAGCAUGCCCUUUCCCGGUCGGCGAGGACCACGUAGUGAAGAUAUGACGAAGGUGAUUAAAAGGUUAGGAGGAGGAGGUGGCGGCCCAUUGCGCAAGUUGCCAAUGAAUGCCAUGCAAUGGGUAUAUAGGGUACUACAACGACGGUGAGACUUUAAUUGCUGCUGUGUAAGUGUGAAUACUACUACUGCUGCUCCUACCCUUUCUUUGGAGAACCGCCCUACAGAGAAGAGACCUUUACAGCGCAGCCGUCUUAAUUCCUGGGGCACAUUAAAUCUCAAGCUUGAUUCGUACCUCGGUGGCGGAAUGAAAACCUUUUAUAGCGGAUCCGAUCACCAGCUAGUUAGAGAGUGAGAGUGUCGUCAUAUCUGUUUGACUUGACUUUUCGACGAAAAUGACAAAUUUGUCGAUUUGUCGACGGCGCGGGGGAAAAAGCGCGACGUUGGCGGGUAAUGUGCGGAGGGGGAGAAGAGGUGCCGAAUUUGCACAGUUCCCUGACGGCAGCACUCUUUGCUGUUUUGCUUCACACCCCAGAUCCUCCUCUCCUGUGGCAAAAGCAAAGUUGUCUUUUGUCUCGUAAUGGCAAGCAUUUAGCCGUCAUGCCGACGAGAUUAUUAGCAGUGUUUAAUUUUUUGUUUUUUUAGCUUGAAGAGGUCAAUUCACAAUGUAUCCAUACACGGCAACUUCUUGAUUGAAAAAUGGGUGCCCUCAAGACAUUGAUUUUAUCCAUGAUACAAGGUUUAGCGAGUGAUUCACGUGGCUAGUGGUGUGGGCUAGCUAAGCUACAGGAGUGAGUGCCGGCCGCCGGUCGGGAAACCUUGUACAGAUCCGCGAUAUUAUAUAUUUUGAAUCAAUUAUUAAUAUUGAAGGUUACGAGGAUUCGAACACGUGAUAUCACUAUCAAACUGGUUAUGAUACUAUGUCAUAUAUGAGAGAGAGUUUCAUGUAUAAAUCUGAACUACCUCCCUAUUGGAGUGAGGAAACGUGCGAACAGAGACAUGGUUUUGUAAUGAUACCGUUGGUUUUGAACCUGAAAUUCUCAAAUCUAAAUCCAUUAGGUAUCACUCAACAAGGUAAAAUGCCCACUAAUUUGAGCCAAAAUAAGUAGAACGACCAAAGUAAAAGUGAGAAAACCCCAUGGAAAGGAAAAGAAGAAAACUGAGAGUCUCCAUCACAUUGAAGCCAACCGCAAAUGCCCAUGCUCGAUGAUAUCAUAUGGAGCGAGCGGGCAACUUGUUUGUUCGCAUUUCCUUUCGGCUGAAAAGGGCGUUACAGGGAAGAGGCAAAAGGAAUGAAAUUAAGAGGGAAAUGGGCGUUGGAGAUUGAGGAAGUUAUAUGGCGGGAUGGGGAGCUCCACCGGCUAGCUAGAACGAUAAGCAUUUAACGUUUGCAACUCUAUGCACGUAUUACACUAUGCACUUUUUUUUUUUCUUUCUCCUCUCCCUUUGUAUGUGUGGGUUAUGUAAGGGAUGAGAAUAGGGUAAAUCGGGGUGGGUAUCUCGACACCUAUGUAUGUCGCAUUAUAGGUGGUGUCCGGUUAAUUUUUUCAUUAGAAAUGAAGAAAUAAACCAUAGCGUGAUGAAUGAAGUUAAAUUAUUCUA